UAAUGGGGAGGAUGAUGAUGAUGAUGGUGAUGAUGGUGACUUCGUUCCUUUAGAUGACAGCGCUAGUUCAUCUUCUGAUGGACACAUUGGAUCUGUAUCUAAAGAGCAAAGGACAGUGACCAACUGUGAAAAAAAAUUAAGCAAAGCGGGUCAUUUAACGCAACAUCAGAGAAAACGCACAAAACAGACAAACUACAGCUGCAAGAUCUGCAACAUCAGUUUUCCGACCUUCAAAGAGAGAACCGUUCAUUCAAAAGAGCACAGCGUGAAGAAGGAGUUUCACUGCGAACAGUGCGGGAAGGAAUUUUUUAACACUCUUUAUAGUAUGAGAGCUCAUAUAAAGACACAUGAAGAAAAGUCUCUUCAGUGCAAUGAAUGCAACAAGUAUUUCCGCAACAAACGAGAUCUUUCAGUUCAUAAGAGAAUUCACACGGGUGAAAAACCGUACAAGUGUCCUCAAUGUGAGAAGAGCUUCAACCAGGGAUCUAAUCUGAGGACACAUCUACUCAAGCACAGCAAUGAGAGACCGCAUCAAUGCAAUGAAUGUGGAAAACAUUUUAUAAGCACAGCUUCUCUAAAGUUACACCAAAAAAUGCACUCUGAUGACAAACGUUAUCAGUGUUCACACUGUGAGAAACGUUUCUAUCAUACAGGUCACAGAAAAACCCAUGAGAGGAUUCACACCGGAGAGAAACCGUACCUGUGCUCUGACUGUGGGAAGAGCUUCGCUAGUUCAUUUGCUUUCAAAGUUCAUCAGAGAAUCCACACAGGAGAAAGACCUUAUCCUUGUAGUGAUUGUUCAAAGAGUUUCUAUAAACUAAGUGACUUAAAGCUACACAGGAGGACUCAUACAAGAGAAAAACCUUUUAAAUGCUCACUCUGUGACAAGACUUUUGGUAUAUCAACUUCCCUGAAGAUCCAUGAACGAAUACAUACAGGAGAGAAACCUUACUGCUGCUCCAUCUGCGGAGAGAGAUUUUCUUUUAAAUGGGGUUUUCAGAGCCACAAGAAGAAACACACUGCUCCAGAACCAUCAUAGCUUCUUCAUGUAAUUAUUUUUAGGUUGUCAAAACAUUGUGUUACAGUAAUGUUGUUAUAUGGUUGUAAAAAAAAAAUAUGGCAGCCAUUUGUAAUGGCAUCCGAAACCACAGUGGAUUUUGAGCACGCUCAAUAAAUCCCACAAUGUAGAGUAAUAAAUGAUGUACACCAACAGCUAGCAAAUACCCAUAAUGCAUUGUGAGGGUUGUGUCAAAUUAACUUGUGUGUCUCGCCAGAUGGCCCCACCUGUAACUGAAUCAUUCAUUUUUUAAACCAUUGGUCCAGUGUGUCUACAGUGUAAUAUUAUGCAGUCAUAUAUUCCUUUUUAUUUGAUUAUUACAUUGUUUUAUUAAGGUUUAUGCACUGCUCAAUAAAUUAAAGGAACACUUUGAAAACAUCAGAUCUCAAUGGGGAAGAAUAUCAUGCUGGAUACCUAUACCGAUAUGAACUCUGUGAUGUGUCAGUAAUGAAAGGAUGCUACAUUGUUUAAUGAAAAUGAGUAACCUAUAGAGGGCUGAAUUCAAAGACACUCAAAAUCAAAGUUAAAAAAGGAUUUUAUUCAUUUAGCUGAAAUUUCACUGCAGCAACUUUAUAUGGCCCCCAUGUGCUUGUAUGCAUGUCUGACAACAUCAGGGCAUGCUCCUAAUGAAACGAAGGAUGGUGUCCCGGGGUAUUUCCUCCCAGAUCUGGACCAGGGCAUCACUGAGCUCCUGGAUAGGAUGAGGUGCAACCUGACAGCUUCGGAUUGGCCCAAAACAUAAUGUCCCUGAAGUGUUCUAUUGGAUUUAGGUCAAGCAAGUGUGUGGGACAUUCAAUGGUAUGAAUUCCUUCAUCUUCCUGGAAAUGCCUGCAUACUCUCGCCACAUGAGGCCGGGCAUCGUCAUGCACCGGGAGGAACCCAGGACCCAAUGCACCAGUGUAGGGGUCUGACAGUGGGUUCAAGGAUUACAUCCUGAUACCUAAUGGCACUCAGGAUGCCAUUGUCUAGCCUGUAGAGGUCUCUGUGUCCCUCUAUGGAUAUGUCUCCCCAGACCAUCACUGACCCACCACCAAACCGGUCAAGUGGAAAGAUGUUACAGGCAGCAUAACGUUUUGCUCACUGUCACAUCUGUUCAGCUGUUUAAAGCACAAGGCACCAGAGGUGGAUCUGCCAAUUCUGGUGUUCAAUGGCAAAUACCAAUCAAGCUCCACAAUGCCGGGCAGUGAGCACUGGGCCAGUUAGAGGAUGUCAGGCCCUCAGGCCACCCUCAUGAAGUCUGUUUAUGAUUGUUUGGUCACAGAAAUUUACACAAGUGACCUACUGGAGGUCAUUUUGUAUUAACUCCUUCAAGUGGACUAAUAGUGAGGAAUAUGGGGUGAUUUCAAUCAAAGCAAAGGUCUUCAGACCCGCUAGAAACCACAAGUAAGUGUGUUGGAACUUAACUCUGCAGGAUUGGACACCCCCCUCACAUUACAUACUGUGUAAAAAUGUAUCAGAUGUUUUAACUUUAAAUUCACUGUAAUGUGCAGAUCAACGUCUCAUAUUGGAUUACAAUGUGUUUUUAAUGAUGAGUUUUUAAUCAGUAGAUGAUGAAGACUAAUUAUUUUACCAGUUAUUA